GCGAAGUUCUUCCUCGCAGAGGCAGCGCGCCUUGCGCAUCCCGCACCCGACGUCUCGCAGCGUGCGACGCUGGUGGAGAUGGCCAUGAAGGUGCAGAAGGAGUUCGGUGGAGCCUCCACCCUCGCCUCCGUCAUCAAGGAGCUCCGGUGGCUCAACAAGAGCCAGAACGCUGCCAAGCAUGUGUGGGAUGAGGAGGAGGACGACGAGAUGCUCGAGACCGACGGCGGCAUCUUAAAGGAGAUGAACCCGGAGGUCGGCACCCAGGCGGGCAAGGACACCGCCAGCAUCGAGAAGCAAAUCGGCCGCUACACCACGGACAUCAACACGGCCUCCACGGCCGCCAACCUCGCCCACGACUCUCGCGAAGUCGAGAGCAAGCAGAAGGAGCUGCUGGACAAGCACUUCGUCGGGGCUGGCUUCGCGGAGAAGAUCCCCACGGACAUCCAGACGGCCCCCAAGGCCGCGAGCAUCAUCGAGAAGGACCUCAACACGGCCGCCACGGCCGUGAACCUCGCCCACGGCUCCCAGGAGUUCGAGGGCCAGCAGAAGGAGCUUGAGGGCAAGCAGAACAAGCUGCUGGACCAGCACCGCGUCGGGGCAGGCUUCGCGGAGAAGAUCCCCACGGUCAUCCAGACGGCCACCAAGGCCGCCGUCAUCAUCGAGACGGACCUCACCACGGCUGCCACGGCCGUGAACCUCGCCUACGGCUCUCAGGAGUUCGAGAGCAAGCAGAAGGAGCUGAGGACGACCUGCAACGCGGCCUUCAAGCCCGCCACCCUGCAGGAGGAGAAGGUGCUUGACAAGCACCACAGCGCGGUAGGCCCCAUCAAGAAGAUCGAGACGGACUUCAAGGCGGCCUCCACGGCCGCGAGCAUCCCCGACGACUCUCACGAGAUCGACGGCAAGCAGAAGGAGCUAGACAUCCAGGAGGAGAAGCUGCAGGGCCAGCACAUCCUCGCCAUUGGCCUCGCGCAGAAGCCCGAGACGGACAUCAUGAAGUCUGCCAUCAUGAAGUGCUCCGAGGCGCUGGCCUUGGAUCCAGAUCACUUCGACACAUCUUUCAAGCCGCCCUCGGACAUCUACGACGGCUGCGAGCAGCAGGCGAUGAAGGACACGGCGAACCUGGAGAACCCUAGGUUCAACACGGGG